GGCUCAUUUCCGGUUCCGGGAGGCUGCUUCCGCCUCCCCGCACGUGGGUGCCGGGCGCGAUGAGGCCGCUCACGGAGGAGGAGACGCGGGUCAUGUUCGAGAAGCUGGCGCGAUACAUCGGCGAGAACAUGCAGCUGCUGGUGGACCGGCCCGACGGCGCCUACUGCUUCCGCCUGCACAAAGACCGCGUCUACUACGUCAGUGAGCGGCUGCUGAAGCUGGCGAUGAGCGUCCCUGGUGACCGCCUGGUCUCGCUGGGCACCUGCUUUGGGAAGUUCACCAAGAGCAGCAAGUUCCGGCUGCACGUCACUGCCCUCGACUACCUCGCUCCCUACGCCAAGUAUAAAGUGUGGGUGAAGCCGGGCGCGGAGCAGUCCUUCCUCUACGGGAACCACGUGCUGAAAUCUGGCCUGGGCCGCAUCACCGAGAACACGGCUCAGUACCAGGGCGUGGUGGUGUACUCCAUGGCAGAUGUCCCUCUGGGUUUCGGAGUGGCGGCAAAGUCCACCCAGGACUGCCGGAAAGUGGACCCUAUGGCGAUCGUGGUGUUUCACCAGGCGGAUGUCGGGGAGUAUGUGCGGCAUGAGGAGACACUGACUUAGGUGGAGUUGGGAGCACAAAGGCUCCAAAGACUUGGCUGCAUUUGGGAAGAACGGACUUGUUGUGCGAUCAAGAUGAAGCCCUGCAAGCCCCUCCAGGCACCUGGGAGGGCUCUAGCAUGGAGCUCCAUAAGUAACUGUGACAGGCUCUUGCUGUCCAAGAUAGCCAUGUCCCAUUGGUAGUGACUGUGGUGCGAGCUCUGUGGGUGACCUGGCCAGGGGGAGAUUGCAGGCCCGGCACCCUGGGGCUGGGCUAAUAUAAAAUGGGGUUCUCUCUCUAAUAAAAUCUCCCCCUGACUUGGGCCACA